GUUUUCUUAUGCAGAUCUUAAUGGAACUGAUCGAGCAUCAUUUAAGUAGGGAAAGUCAUGACACAGAAACACAGACAAGCUUGAUGCCUCCUUACAGAGAGUCACUUGCUGAGAAGCUUCAGCUGAUUGAUGAACAGUUUGCAGACUCUUAUCCCCAGCAUCACAAGUUUGAAUCUUUGGACAUAAAAAUUCAUGAAUAUAAGAAAGAAAUAGAGAAGCAGCUUCAAGCAGAAAUGCAUCAAAAGCUAGAGCAUUUUAAAGAAGUUGAAAUAGCAAAGAUUAAAAUGGAGGAGAAACUGCAAACCCAGAAGGAAAUCUCUGCGCUACGGCAUGAGUUUGAAAGGACCCAUCAGGCCAAGUCUGAAGCCCUGAUAUCUCGCGAAAAGAAUGCGAUUGAGAGGCUCCAAAAACAACAAGAGAUUGAAGCAAAGGAAGUAUAUGCUCAGAGACAAGCUCUACUGAAAGACAUAGAAGUCAUAAGAACAAGGGAGGCAGAGCUGAAGCAGAGAAUCGAGACAUUUGAAAUCACUCAGAAACUUCAUGAAGAAAAAAAUAAAACUAUUGAUGACGCACUUCGACGUCGGGAAGUUGCUGUGAAGAACAUAGAGGAGACUUAYGACCAAAAACUUAAGACUGAACUCAUGAAAUAUCAGCUUGAAUUGAAAGAAGAAUAUAUAGCCAGAACCAGCAAAGUUACUGAAGAUGAGAAAAAGAAUAAAGAGAAGGCUGUUUUUUUGCAUGAAGAAUCCAUUGCUAUUAAUUCAAAAAAGGAGGAACUGAAGCAAGCUAUCUCACGUACAAAAGAGCUUGAGCUGGAUUUGGAGUCAGUGAAGGCCCAGGUUCUGCUGGUAAAUAAACAGAAUCAGCUGUUGACAGAAAAACUGAAAGAGGUUUCAGACUAUCCCUUGCUAAAGGAAGAGAAAUUGGAGCUCCAAGUGCAGAAUAAGAUACUUAGGCAACAGCUGGAGGAGACUCGCAGUGACAACCAGCAUCUCAGAGACAAACUUGCCCAGCCCUCAGUGGAGCUCCUGGCCUGCCAGGCAGAGUUGAGAAGGAUGGAACAUUCCAGAAAGUUGGAACAGGAUGAAUUUCAAAGUCACAAGCAAUUUUUGGAAAAGCAGCUACAGAGUGAGGUUGAGCGUUGUGCCCAGUUAAAGACUCAGCUGUUGGACUCUGAAGCUGCUGUCAGGAAGUUAAACAUACAAGUUGAAGAAUUGAACCUGCAGUUGAAACAAACACAAGCAGUUCUGGAAAACGAAGUGUAUCGGAACCCGAAGCUGUCGCUCGUUGAGCGCUCCCUCGUGGCUCUCGCUGAGGACAGGCUGGUGCCUGCGGAUGUGUACGUGGAUGGUGCCUUCCGGAAGGCCCAGGCCAUGGGCGACACUGUGCAGGGCAACACUGUGGCCAGAGCCGGGUAUUGCCGGCACCUGCCAGCCCGGAGCGCUUCUCCCGAUUCCGACCUCGAGUGCAUGGCUCAAACCAGGGCUCGAAUAAAAGAGCUAGAAAAGGAGGCAGAGCACUUGGAAGAAGCCUACAGGAACUACCAGUACAGAGUGAUGCAGGAUGCAGCCACAAGCAGAACAGCGAGAAAGAAGCAGUCUCCUUUGCUUCCUGAGCAUGUUUUUAGCAGAGCCCCCUUGACAACAAAGCAGCAGCAUCUAGAGGGCAGCCCUAGCUCCCAGCACUCACCUCUGAGCAGCCCAAGAGGCCCAAAGUACACUGGAAGAGUUGGCCACGUUGAAGUCUUAAAUCCUCUCACACCACCACACAAAAGAGUAUCUUCCUCCAGACRCCUUUCCUCCACUCCUGUUUCCAAAAUGGAAAGAGAUCUCAAUAAAAAGAAACUUUCAGAUGAGAUCAGUGGCUCAUACCUCGCUUCUUCCCAGCAAAGUGUUGACCARCUGCUUUCUCCAAUUUCAAAACCAGGCCGCCUUUCAUCUUCUGAAUCUGUGCCUUCCUCGCCAUCCAGUCACAGAGAGAAAAUCAGACUUCAUAAUCAACAAACAGACAAACCGAAUCUCAGUGAUGUCUUCAAACCAGAGAAACUGAUAUAUGAGGACCUUGAAGAACAUGUUUCUUCCCUUGAAUCAGAUGAGGGGGCCGUUCCGGAGCAGUGUGAAAGGACUGUCCUGCAUCCACCGGAGGCCGCGGCCUUCGGGAACCACGUUGCUGGAAGCGCAACAGCCGCUGGUGACAACUGGCACUCACAGCCGGACUCCACUGUGUUGGAUCAAAGACAGGCUGAACAACAGAGGAGUGAAGAUGAGAAAAUGCUGGAAGAAGAAAGGAGAGAGGGGGAAGAAAGACAGAGGGAACAAGCAGCAGCUUUGGAAAGAGAGCAGGAAGAACUGGAAAAACUUAACAAGGAGACGUGUAUCCAAGACUUGAUGAAAACAGAUGAAGAAAAAGAAGACGAGUCAAAAAUUGAAAACAGUAAUUCUGGUGCUGGAGAUAACAUAAGGGGUUCUUCUCCGAAUCCAUUAGAAAAAUACAUGAAAAUAAUUCAGCAGAGAAGAGAGCAGGAACUGGCCAACAAGGAUUCAAAAAAAGAAGAAAUGGAAGAACUAUCACUUACAGAAGGACUUGUAUCUAGUGAAAAAGAUGAUAGUGCUGCGGGCGUUUCUCAAGGAGAGGCUGAUGACAGUUUCUGGUGACCAGCAGCUAUUGAUACUUUCUUUAUUUUUUUUUUCUUUUUUCUGACUGGCUUUCUAGCUGUAAGUAAGUGGAGCUGUGUGCACUGUUACAGCCUACACAAGGAUCACAAGCUGUAUCCUUAUAAUACACAAAGAUAAUAGGAGCUGUCUCAUCACAUCAGUCAUGGAAGUUCAAGAGUGAUUCUAGGUGCCUUGUUAGUUCAUAGCGAUGCCUGUCCUUGGAGUGUGGUGAGGUGAGGGGCAAAGCAGCAGCGAGCGACAGAUGGGUACASUCAGGUAAAUUGGUUUGACAUUGAGUUUCUCUAGUUUGACAGCUUUUGAAGUGGUGUUUGCCCUCCCC